CCUUGGCCCUCCCUGCGCAUGGCCGAGCGGCCGGGAGGGCGGGCCCGGCGGGCGGGCUCGGCGGCGCGCACUUCCGGCCGGUGGCCGGGCCCGGCGCGCGCCUCCUCUUCCGCCGCCGUCCCCGCGAUCCUGGACCCAGAUCCAGAUCCAGAUCCAGAUCCAGAUCCAGCCCCAGCCCCAGCCCCAGCCCCAGCCCCAGCCCCGGCCUGGCAGCCCCGGCGUCGCUUCGGAGCGCGGUGGCAGCUGACUGCGCGUUCACGACCCGCUGGGAGCCGCGAGCCCCGCCGCCGUUAUGAACAUCCGCAAUGCGAGGCCAGAGGACCUGAUGAACAUGCAGCACUGCAACCUCCUGUGCCUGCCCGAGAACUACCAGAUGAAAUAUUAUUUCUACCAUGGCCUUUCCUGGCCCCAGCUCUCUUACAUCGCUGAGGAUGAGAAUGGGAAGAUUGUGGGGUAUGUCCUGGCCAAAAUGGAAGAGGACCCGGACGACGUGCCCCAUGGACACAUCACCUCGCUGGCUGUGAAGCGUUCCCACCGGCGCCUUGGCCUGGCUCAGAAGCUGAUGGACCAGGCCUCCCGAGCCAUGAUCGAGAACUUCAAUGCCAAAUACGUCUCCCUGCAUGUCAGGAAGAGCAGGUUCUUAUCAGUUAUCUAUUUUAUACAUAUUCGUGUAUAUAUGUCAAUCCCAAUCUCCCAAUUCAUCCCACCACCACCAGCGGGGAUACUGCCUCGAUGUGGAUCCUGGGCUGCCUUGGCUUUUGGAGAAGAUCGGGAAGUGGGCUUAGUGGGGAGGGGGACCGGGAGGAGGGGCAGGACCUGGACGUGCUGUCCCUGCCUGGCCUCGUCUGUACAGCUCAGCAGUGCCUUAUUCCCCUGCAGUAACCGGGCCGCUCUGCACCUCUAUUCCAACACCCUCAACUUUCAGAUCAGCGAAGUGGAGCCCAAAUACUAUGCAGAUGGCGAAGACGCAUACGCGAUGAAGCGGGAUCUCACCCAGAUGGCCGAUGAGCUGGCAGGCGGGGAGCCGGACCUCGGCAGGGCUUUAAUGAAGGCCAUCGGCCCAAGAUUCCAUUCUCCGAGGAAGAAGCCCGUCCUGCCCAGAGGCUGCUGUGAGAGGAGAGGGAGGAGGCCCCUGGACGUGCUGAGAGACGCGGGGCCUGGGGACGGCUGUGGCUGGCCUCCAAGGCUCAGGGGCCAGACAAAACCGGGCUGAAGAGAAGUCAGGGUUCUGCCCAAGGCUCCUCGGGGGCCCGGGCCUUUCAGAGGGCUCCACGGCAGCCUCGUGAGGGAGCCGUAAGCACCUCCACUUUACAGGACAGGAAACAGGCCCAGAGGGGACAGUGCCAGGGCUCCCCGCUGGGAGUCGGACUCAGUCCUGUUUCCUGCCCUGGCUCUGCUGCCUCUCAUCCUGCCCCCCGCCGCCAGCAAGGGACAAGGCACGGGCAGCAGGAGAGGGCCUUCGUGGUCUAGAGACUUAGGUGCUGUCUCCUUACUCCCGUUUCUCCCCGGGCUCCUGG